GUCAUGGGGGCCCCCCGUUCUGGGCCGGGGGGCGUGCGAGUCGGGGCCCUGCUGCUGCUCGGCGUUUUGGGGCUGGUGUCUGGGCUCAGCCUGGAGCCUGUCUACUGGAAUUCGGCGAAUAAGAGAUUCCAGGCAGAGGGGGGUUACGUGCUCUACCCUCAGAUCGGGGACCGGCUUGACCUUCUCUGCCCCCGGGCCCGGCCUCCUGGCCCCCACUCCUCUCCUAAUUACGAGUUCUACAAGUUGUACCUGGUAGGGGGUGCCCAGGGUCGGCGCUGCGAGGCCCCCCCUGCCCCAAACCUGCUUCUCACUUGUGACCGGCCGGACCUGGAUCUCCGCUUCACCAUCAAGUUCCAGGAGUACAGCCCUAACCUCUGGGGCCACGAGUUCCGCUCACACCACGAUUACUACAUCAUUGCCACGUCGGAUGGGACCCGGGAAGGCCUGGAGAGCUUGCAGGGAGGUGUAUGCCUCACUCGGGGCAUGAAGGUGCUUCUCCGAGUAGGACAGAGCCCCCGAGGAGGGGCUGCCCCCAGAAAGCCUGUGUCUGAGAUGCCCAUGGAGAGAGACCGGGGGGCAGCUCACAGCCUGGAGCCCGGGAAGGAGAACAUGCCAGGUGACCCCACCAGCAAUGCAACCUCCCGGGGUGCUGAAGGCCCCCUGCCCCCUCCCAGCAUGCCCGCGGUGGCCGGGGCCGCGGGGGGGCUGGCGCUGCUGUUGCUGGGCGUGGCAGGGGCUGGGGGCGCCAUGUGUUGGCGGAGACGGCGGGCCAAGCCUUCGGAGAGUCGCCACCCUGGUCCCGGCUCCUUCGGGAGGGGAGGGUCUCUGGGCCUGGGGGGUGGCGCUGUGAUGGGACCUCGGGAGGCGGAGCCUGGGGAGCUAGGGAUAGCUCUACGGGGUGGAGGGGCUGCAGACCCCCCGUUCUGUCCCCACUAUGAGAAGGUGAGUGGUGACUACGGGCACCCUGUGUACAUCGUGCAGGAUGGGCCCCCCCAGAGCCCUCCAAACAUCUACUACAAGGUAUGAGGGCUUCUCCUCCCCGGCUCUCCUGGAUCCAGCCCUUCUCGGGUGCUCCUCCGGUUUAAGUCACGGUUGGAGGGCCACCUCUGGCAUCUCCUCGACCCCUCUGCGCCCCCCCACCCCCACCCCCAGCUCCUGUGCU